UGCAGCAUCAUCGGAUCCUUGGUCGGGCGGCCACACGGUCACCGCUGCCAAGCCAGUCCGCUUUGCUCUCGUGCAUCAAGUGACUCCGUGAUAUUACGCAAAAAGAGAGAGAGAGAGAGAAGCCUUAGGGAAAAGUGCGCCUGGAUAGUUGCACAGCGUUCACAUAUUGGAAAAGACGUAAUCACCCGUUUAAAAGGACAUAUCAAUGAAUAUAUGGCUUGUAAGAGAGCAGUGCGCACGUGAUCUGCAGGGAACCAGAAGAACUUAGACAUGCCAUACGGCAAAGGCUUGUCUGUAACGAUGCAUACAUAAAUGUAUCAUCCGCUUAAAGGCGUAUGUGUGUGUUUGUUGAGCGCAGAGUCUCGCAGGACACUCCGCGGAGAUCCUUCUGAACCUCGGCCGCCCAAGCACCAUGUUCCGGUUCAAGAAGAAGCCUCCGAACCUCCACUUCCACGCCAUCAACCCCAACGAGGUGGACCCGGGCGCUUGCAUUCUCUGUGCCGAAUGGGUGGGUGUCCAUGGAGGCCAGCCAAGUGAAGGCGCCCAGUCGGCCUCCCCUCUGCUCACCUCCCCCACCACGCCCCACAUCGUAGUGUCUCCCGAAGAGAACGCCAACUCCCAGAACGCCAAUGAUAAGCCGGCGCAAGAGGACGCUGCGCAGCAGCAGCAGUCCUCUCCCCAAGCCAAUAAUGGCACGGGUGUCCCCAACGGCCAGUCCGCCCUGGCUUCGGCGCCGGCCCCCGCCGUGGAGGAGAAGGAGCGCACGCGGCCCGAUAAGCUAACGUUGACCAUGAAUACCCUGGACCUCCCAGAUAGCCGCCACCCCUCACUAGAUAUCGGUGUGCGCCGUAACACCCGGCGUAACUCCAUGAGCGAAAUGCUCAAACGUUACGGAAGUCAAACCAACCUCCAAAGGACUCCCUCAACCAACAACAUCCGACGCAGUACCUCUCGGAACAGUCUAGUUUUAGAGUGGACUCAAGAGGGAAACGAUUCUCUCAUUGCUUGUCUGAGUGCCCUGUAUGGCAAGCUUCUAGUGGUGAUGGGCAUGGCUUUCCCAAUUGCAGAAGUCAUCUCACAUGAUAUACCUGUUACUUUCUACAAUGGAUUCUACCUCUACUUGUACAUUGGGUCCAUAAUAUUCCUUGUGUACGCCUACAUAUUCCUCUUGCGUUCGAUCAACCUCCCAACGGAGCAAAUCAAGUCCAAGUUUCAUUCCCUGCGAAACUACAUGGCUAUGCCUGACUUACACAUGGUCUUCCCUCAUCGGAACUCUUCGCAGCAAGAGGGUACAGGUCGUAUGGCAAGUCGUGAGUCACAUUUGUCAGGGGGUUCAGAACUUGACAAGGAGUCGGAUCGAGCUUCAGUCAAUACAAUGAGCUUCAAGCCAGCCAAGUAUACUCUUACAGAAAGCAACAACCAUGGAUCUAUGUACCUGAAGAUGGGUGCAGUGUUGUUUGGAAUUGGCAGCAUGAUCUACAGUGGCUUGGAAGUUGGCCAGUACUUUGAACUGAAAGGCGACGACAACUGUGCUGAUAUUCUGCUGGCCAUUGCACCAGGUGCUAGGAUGCUGUUCACUUUCAUCCAGAUGUAUUUCAUUUUCCUCAAUUCAAGGGUUGCAAUUAGUCGACACAGGAUAGUGGCAAGAUUUGGUCUUAUGCACAUGAUUGGGACCAAUCUGUGUAUAUGGCUUAAUGUUUUAGUUCAGGAAACUAAACAUGAGAUCAUAAACUUGAAACUUGGCCAUGGACAACAUCAUGGAGGAGGAAAUCUCUGGGCUCUAAUCUUGAAUGAAGCAGGUAGAGGGAGCAGUGCAACCCACCAUGGUGCAAGUGGCGCUGGUCACCAUGACGAUGCUGGUGCCAUUCUUGGUCACCACGAUGAUGACCACAGUGAUACUAUGGUUAACCACACACUUUUCAAUGAAACCACACAUGCACCACAUGACCUACAUGAUCUUCAUAAGGUUGCAAAUGACAGUCACAACAUUGUGAAGAGAUCAUCAGGAGAGCAUCAUGCAUUCAGCAUCUUCGAAUGUCGGCGCUCUGAUCUCAUGGGACAAUUGGUUGAUAAUGCCUCACCAUUCCUUUUCCCAUGUACCAUUGAGUAUUCACUUCUCUGUGCUGGUGUUCUUUAUGUAAUUUGGAAGAAUAUCAACAAGCCAGAAGUUACAUAUGAUGGUGACUCAGACAUAUCCACUUAUGUCGCAAGAAAGGCUCGCCACCAUUACUCUGUGGACUGUGCUCAUGCCAACCGUGGGUUAUUCAUGGGCAUCCUUGUUCUUGUUCUCACCAUCAUCUCACUGAUACUAUUCUUUGUUCUCAUCAACAAUGAAGCCUAUAAAGAUGUAGCCAUAAUGGAGGCCAAUAUCAUCGAGUUAUCAGUUUAUGGUGUUGCAAGUGUUACAGUUGUGAUAGGAAUGAUUCAGAUGAGAGAACUGGAGUUUAUACCAGAAGGGGACAUCGAGCUUGACAACAUCCUUCUGCUUAUUGCUCAGACAGGGGUGUACAUUUACACUUCAUUCACUGUCAUUGGAGGCCACUUUACUAUGACUGAUAAUUUGAUUCUACCUCUCUUGUCUUCAAUUGUCACACUGAUACAAACCACUUUGCAAACCAUCUUUAUUUUGGAUGCCUCUCGUCGGUGCUGCUACAACCAUGAUCAGCUUGAGCGUAAACCAGGCAGAGAAAUGGUAACAUUCUUACUGGUAUGUAACUUAGCCAUGUGGGCCAUCAACACCUUUGAAACCUCCCGUGCUGAUGCCCAUCCAACCCAACUGAACUUCUAUGGUAUCUGGGCUUGGACCAUCAUUUCCCAUGUGUCUAUGCCUCUUGCUAUCUUUUAUCGUUUCCAUGUGACAGUCUGCCUGUGUGAAAUUUGGAAGAGAUCAUACAAGUUAAAGAAUGAUUACUAGUAUGCUAGAACUGAAGCAAGACAAUCUUGAGCCAUAUAAGUACAAAGGCAUACAUUUAUUUUAAGAACUUGUAAGAUAGUUUGAUGAAGAGCACAGAUACAUUCAUGUCUCAGAGAAUAGACUUGUGAGUUUUGGUAUAGGAUCAGAACUACACAUUAGAUAUUUGUAAAUAUGAAAAACUUCAAAUUAUUGUACAGUUGCAUUAUUUUGAUUAAGAACUGUAAAUAUCAUAACCAGUUUUUAGACAAGUGAAUGACUGAAAAAAGUAAUUUGCACAUGUUUAAAAGUUUGAUUCGCAUCAAAUUUUAUUAAUUGUUUCCAGACCAGUCUCUGAUUCUAAUGAUAAUUAGUUUGCUUUUCCUUGGAAUAUAUAGUUUUAUGACUAAUUCAUAAUUCUCAAACAAUACAGGAAACGGUAUGAUCCUGGUAGGACUCAUUUUUUACCUAAUAUGUUUAGCCUAGAUAUGACUCACUUUAUCUAUUAUAGUAUUUCUUCAUUUUCUCUCUACAUGUAGAUAAUACCGUGAGACAUAUUGUUUCAUUUAAGCAGCAUUUGAAAUCUUUUGAACCUUCAUUUCUUUUUAUGAGAGAUUGAAGUGUUCUUUAUGGUCCUUUAUACAGUGUACUGUGUAGAUAACCUGAUCUGUUGACUUAUUAUAAAAUAUGAUGUCAACGAGGGACUUCAUUUUCUAUGUGUAUAUAUUAUACUACUAUUAGGAAUAUUUUAACUUACUUUCAUGAUUCUGUUAUCUAUGAUAUAGAUUACUUAUUUUAUUAGCUGAUGAUAUUUAGGUAAGGUUCUAAAUGCAGCAGAAAACAUUCUUUUUAAUGUGCAUUUUACUUAGAUCUAGGUCAUAGCUGAUAUAGAGAAUCAAUUUCAAUAUGCAUAUUUAUCCUGCUCUUGCUUUAUUUUUCAUAAACAUAAUAAUUGUACAGUAUAAGAUGAAAUUAGUACAGUUCCUUAGGUCUUAUUUGAUCUUUUAUACUAACUUCCCCAAACACAAAGUUGUGCUUUAGGGUCAGAUUAGAAGAUCACACUAUGUUGUUUUUAAAAUACGUUUUAUCUGCUGAUGUAGAACUUAAAAUAUGAAAAUACUGCUGACCUAUUACGGAACCACUUAGCAGAACAGAAACUGAAGUGGAAGUAAAUUUUAUGGCUAAAUGUAGUAUGCAAUGUACUUACAUCCUCAGAAUUUUGAAAAGGAAAUUAUCAAGUGUAGAUUAUCAGAAAAUUUUAAAAGUUUUGCAAAAUCAUAAUUCAUGUUACAUAUGUAUGUAUGUUAUUUAUAAAGGAUACUAGAUAUAAAAUAUAUAGCUAAUUUAU